GGCAUAAAAGGCUCCACUCGGCUCGCUGGACAGCAAACCAGCACGCCCUCACACACAGAUACAGACACGCACACAGCAGAGCAAGAUGGGUACCAUACUGAGGACAGUCUGUUUUCUCAUCUUCUGCAUCACAAGUGUGUCAGCUGUGGACACGUUCCCUGAAAAAUUUGCAUUAGGUCGGAUUGAUGGCCAUGUUACUCUGAGUUGUGACACUGCUAAGCCGCAUGUAACAUGGAAGCAUGAUUCUGAAGAUGUAGAGCCAUCAGAACUAGCUGAGCUUAAAGACAAACAACUGAUCCUUCAUAACUUUCAAGAAGACCAAAUGGGGAACUACACCUGCUGGAGUGAGGGUGAACUCUUAGACUACACCUACAUCCUGCUUGACGAGUCUUGGAAAUUUAUUGAUUCAGUUCUAUCCUGUACAGCUGAAACUUUCAACUGCACAUUCAAAAUUUCCUGCAGAAUGGACCAAGCUGGCUUCAAUGUUUUCAGACUUCGCAAUAAACGGGACGACAGCAGCUGGGUGCAGCGUUCUGAAGACGGUUUCUUUUACCUCACUCACUCCACCAACCCAUACGCAGAGGAGGCCAAGCAGCUGGAGGUGAUAGGGGAAGCUGUGUCGUCCUCAGACCGCUACUUUAAUAUCAGCCACAGCUUCUAUCUCAGAGACAUCAUCAAGCCUGGCAGUCCUCAAAUCAAUAUGAGCAAGAAAAGCAUUACUGUAAGACCUCCAGCCUCUUGGGCCAAGCCCGAAAGCUACUACCCUCUGGAACAUGAAAUUCAGUGUAGGAAGCGAGACGAUGGAAAGGAGGUAUCUUGCAAUUUGAAUGGUACCAAUAAGGUCCCAGAUGGCAUGAGUCACGUGCGGGGUCGCUGCAGAGACUUGCUGCUUCUCUCUCAGUGGAGUGACUGGACACCAUGGCAAAAUGUGCGUAAGGGAAGAAAAAAGAAGCAAAAGUCAAAGAAUGGGACAAAACAAGACUGACGUUUUCCAAGAAUGAAAAAAACUACUUUAAUGUCCUCUACAUUUUCUAGAAUUUACACAUUUAUAUGUGGUGCAAAACAUUUCUUUCACUUGAAAGGGCCUAUAUCCUAAAUUUUUCUUGUUUUUUCCCCACUUUUCAGUCCUUUAUUAAUCCCUUAGAAUAAAACUGGCUGUUCUAGUUACUGUGCCUUUAAGACUGGCAUAUGUAAAUUGCCUCUGUUCUGAUUGACUGUCCUGUAUUGUGCCACAUUUAAAAAGCAGUUCAGGCUGAAACACCCCUUAUAACUUUAAUGUGAAUGGUUGGGGCUAAAAUUAAAUUCUGUCAAUGUAAACUUACUAUAUCAAACUCGUUUAUUUUAAAAAAGGUAAAAAUGAUUCUCCAUGUGCCCAUAAUUAAUAAAUUAUAGACUGUUUUAGGUGAUAGUCCUGAGAACCAGCUGUAUUUUACAGUCUGUCUAUCAAGUAAAAGCAGUCACUGUAUGAUCUUAAGCUUUGUGUGUAUCGACCUAUACUGAUCAGCAGGGGGCUGUAGCAACUGUUGUAGGCAUAUCCAGAGAGAGGAAUCUGACACUUUUUCAUUGUCCAGUGUGGUCUUUUGGACCAAAUGUGGCCAAUUUAAGCAUGUAUUCUCAGCAGGCUGGCAAGUAAGGGUGGGUUUCCCCUUUAUAUUUGCAUUGGAUUAUUUGUGGCUUAACAGGAUGAUGUUCAGAUGUUGACAGUUUAUGAACUUUAAGAAUUGAAAAUAAAGGUAAAAAAAUCUUCAAAAUA